UGCAAUAAGAAUGCAUGUGGCUCAUUUAACCAGAAAUUAAACAGACAUGAUGUAGUAAUACCGGUGCGUAAAUAGUCAGUCACUCAUAUGACUGAACUACUUAACAGGGAGGGAGGUGGAGCUGGUGCAGAAGGGUUGAGAAACACGGGGGGAUUGUGGGAGGGCAGAAAGAAGGAGGUGAUUGUUGGGGAGAAGGAAAAAUAUAAAAAGAGAGAAAAACCAAGAGACAGAGCAUGUGGAGGAAAGACAGAGAGAGGAAAACAGCUAUUUUCAUAAAGAUUACCAACUUCUGCAAGCAACAGACAGCAGUAUGGCUGCCAGCUGGGACCAUUCUUUUCCCCUGCUGAUCAUUUCCCUGGCUCUCAUCAGAGGUUUUACCCUGCUGCCGACAACAUCUUAUGCUGCAGGGACGAUUCCUACGAGACCUGAGAGAUCACCCGACUCUUCUAGCGAUUCCUUUGUGGUUGACCCAAGUGAUUACGGGGAAAAUGAGACCACAGUCACCCCAUUUUCACCAGACGAAGGGACUACACAUGAGGGGCCCCUCCAACUGUGCGACUACAACCUGUGUCUUGAGAACCAGCGGCCCUGUGCUGAACUGAAAGCCGCCACUGGCUGCUUGUGUCCGGGGUUCACUCCACACGAUCAGAUUCCUCAGGUUCCUACACUGAGAUCAGUGUCCUGGAGUGGGUCAGAGGUCGUAGUGUGGUGGUGCGCGCCCACCUCUAAUAUCACAGGUUUUAUAGUGACAGUAGGAGGCCAAGAAAAGCAAAGGUUUGGAUUAGAGAGAAGGAGUGGCGGUGUGGGAAAUGUAGAUCACAUUACUGAGGUGUGUGUUAUUGCUGUGAAUGAGGUCGGUGAGAGUGAAAGUGCAUGUAGCAUGUACCAGCCCAGAGACAGCAGUCUGCCUCUGAUUGCCGGGCUCAUCGGAGGGGCUCUGGGCUUCCUGCUGCUGCUGCUGUUGAUGGUCAUCCUGCUCUGGAGGCACAAGAGGCAACGGAAGCAGGAGACGAGCAUCUCUAUGCAUGACACAGCGGCAACACAGUGAACAGAACACAGAGCAGGACAGGACACUCUCAGAGAUAAGACUCCCUCCCAUGAGACUCUUCAGCAUAAUUACAUUUGAGGGUUUAUGCACAUGGAGACUUCCAGAAACAGCCAGAGGACUAAUGGUUUAUCAUUUCACAAUCAUGUUUCUUAUGCUUCAACGUCAGUGGAACAUGUUGGUAGUUACACGAAGCAGUUACAAAUAGACACCAAGUUGAAAAGCACUUAGUGAUGCAUUCAAGGGCAUUGCAUACUGUAUGUUAUUAGAAUAUCUGAGCAUUGGUGUGUGUUGUAUAUUGUGACAUUUAUUCCAAAUAUUUUUUUAAAAACAUGAUCUUUGAGCACAUUUGAAACAAUGUUGGGAAAGUCUGCACAUAUCACAUAUCGUCAAAAAAGGAAAUUCAGUUCAUAACAUUAGGUAAAAGUUUCUAAGUAAAACAAUCUAUGUUUCUGUUUGGUGGACACAGCUUAAACAGGAUAUGGACUAUGUGCAUCUACACUGUUGCCCAUAAAGUUGGAAUAAUUUAGAUACAUUCUUUUUAUUCCUAUUUAUACACAUCAAUAUUCACCUUUGACAGAUGCCAUGAUUACAUUCUGAGCCCCAGUUACAUUUAAGAAUAACUCACCCUGCCACGAUCAUUCCAUGAGAAGAGGUAAAAAAUAUUUUAUUCCAACUCUAUGGACAACUGUGUACUAAACAACUGAGUGGAUAAAAUACAUUGCAUGGACAAUACUAGUGGGACCCUUUAAAUUCAGGUAUUUUAAUAAUAACAGGGCACUGGGGUGUAAAACUACUGCAAAAUAUAACAUUCUUACUUCAUUCUUAGAGUUAAUUUUGUUUACAUUGCCAUCUACACUUGCAAAACUCCUCACUUUUUUUUUUUUUUUUUUUACCUUGCAAUGUUUUUAACCAUUGCACGUAUAUUUAUAUUCUAUUUAUGUUCUGACUAUAAAUGAUUAUUUUAAACCACAAGUAAUGCCUGCUUCCUUCAACUCACUUUGGAAGAAAAAUCAGUCUCUAAACUUAACUGAAAUAUUAAGUUGACUUUUUUUUGUUAUAAUUAUUGGCAACAACUGACAUGAACAUUUAUAUCAAAUCAACACGAAUGGAAAUUCCUACAAGCUGUAGGUGUGAUGUGUUCAAUACUUUUGUCCAUAUAAUGUAUAUUUUUUAAAAAAUGGACACAGAUUCAGUUCUUUACUGUACUCUUUUAGAGAAAAAAACCUGUUAAUUCAUCCUUUACCCAUAUUGUCCAUAUAGAGCAAGGGAUACAAUGAAGUCAAACUACAACUACACUACAAAAUAGGAGUUUAUUUUCAUUUUCAGAGGAUUUAUUCGAUAGAUUCAAGAACACAUAUCACCACAGACAAUGACUGGUGAUUCACAGUCGAAUUAUAUUGUUUUAUUUGUUGGUUUGUAAUUUAUUUGGGGGGUUUUGUAGCAGUAAAUUUGUCAAAACAUACCAUAAAUAGAAAAAAAAAGUACUAUAGCAGAGUUAUUUUCAAUCUUUCUGUGAGAGAUGAUCAUUUUAUGUGUGAUUGUAAAAGCAAAAGAUGUGAAAAUAAGUGAUGUGGGUGUGAGUUUUGUACUGUAUUUAUGAACAUUAGUUUUUUUGUACAGGGACAUUUGAUGCCAUUUAUCCUUUGUUUUCCUUAUAAGUCUGAAGACACAGAAUGUUUAACUGUGUAUAAAUGUUAAGAAAUCACUUGAACU